AUGGCUCGGCGUGUACUCUUUGGCCUGGCAUUCCUGGGCCUGGGCUCCAAGCUGGGCUUGGGUUUCGGGGGAAGCCCGUCCGCUGACUGCUUGCUGCAGAAGCAGAGGUCUGUUUUCAGAGAUGACGCCAGCCGUCAAUUCAGUGACCUACAUGGAAUGGCUUUGUCCACAAAGAUCGCAGCGCUCGCCGACUCCAUGGAACCAGGCAUCGCAAAGGAUCUUCUGAACUCCUUCCGCAUCUGCUGCUCCUGCAAGGACUUCCGCCGCUUUGGUGAGCACCUCGAUGGCGGGUAUUUGAUCUGCAUGGACCACUUGGCGAAAGGGGAUAUCCAGGCAGCAUAUUCCAUGGGCAUCGACGAUCACGACCGUUGGUCUAAAGAUAUCUACACGAACUAUGACGUGCCUGUUUUCCAGUACGAUUGCACCGUGGAUAAGGCUGCCCAGGACUGCGACAGCUGCAGCUUCUACAAAUCUUGUCUCAAGGGCGAGGACGGUGAUGGUGCUGAAGAUCCCAUGAACCUCACCCUGCAGCAGGUCCUGACAAAGACCUCCAAGGCCGAUACCCCAGAUCGCUCCCUGCUGAUGAAGAUGGACAUUGAGGGUGGAGAAUGGCAAGCGUUGGGAACAGCCAGUGAUGAGACCUUAAGGAAGUUUCGGCAGUUGGUGGUCGAGUUCCAUUGGCUUGCUGACACAUCGCAGCACGUGCAGUUCGUGUCCACGAUGCGGCGUUUGAAGGAAGCGGGAUUCCGAAUCGUGCACCUCCACGGCAAUAAUGCUGCGCAUAUGUACGAAGAUGGCGAUUUCCGGAUACCCAACGUCCUGGAAGUCACCCUGGAUUCCCAGGGCCCGGAGAUACCUUGCAUCGCUGACGAGGUGCGCUCACAACUCGACCAUCCCAAUCUGGCCACGAAGCCAGAGCUACCCUUGGCUCACCUAGCGAGCUAA